AUUCGUCCGAAAUAUCGCGGCCACGCCAUAAUUACAGCCUUCCUCUAACUUCUCUCGUUUUCGCGUAUUAUAGGAAGUUGUUAUAGUCUCGUGUAUUAUAGUCUCGUGUAUUAUAGUCUCGUUGUUCUUAUCAUACGGUAUUAUCAAAAGAUAUCAUUUAUAUAGUCAGUCAUUUCGAACUCACCGUAACUACAUGUUGUGUUUCGUCAGAUGAUACUUUCUUAAAAAAAAAAGGAGAAAGAAGAGAGAAUGUUCUUAGGGAACCAUGUGACAUUUGAGAGAUAUACCAUUAAGUGACUGACGCACCGAGUCAGCGCGCGACCAUUUAACAGUCAACAUCGCGAGUUAAUAUUAACAUUAAUAUUUUUACAAAUUAAUAUCUUUGUCGAAGGUAAAAGAGAGAGAAAGAGUGUGUGAGUGUGUGUACGCGUUUAAACCGCAUUGAGAUGAGUACAUUCCUUCAAGUGGAACGAAUUAAAUUAAUAGCGAGCGUUUGUAAGAGUCAACAACAGCUCGAGUAGACACGAGUGCUGCUUUUCAGUUGAACGAGCUAUUAUAUAUCGUGAUUCGACGAUCGAGAGGCUUAAAAAUAGCUGAAUGCGGCUGAUUUCGGCUGAACGAGGAAGACUUCUGAAGUUGAUUGAGAACAGAUAAGCGAUCUAAGAUUAACAAAUAACACUAAUUGUAUAUCUACUGAUUGUUAAUUGGUCAUUAAUGGUUUCGCGGAAAUGUCAACUUCGUAGGCCGUUCUCGGAUAAAAUGACGAAUAUGCAACUUCCGAGAAUAGCGAUAGUGAGAGAUCAAAUGCGUUAUCAAACAAUUUACAACCUCUGAAGCGUCCAACUAAUCACUCGGGUUUCUCGUCUGAUUGCCUCGCGUUGCCCCACAUUGCUUAACAGACUUGACAUACGAUAAGAAUGUAUAACAGUAGCGCGUACAAUAGAACGACGUGCAGUUGUGAUCGAACGUGUUGUCAGGUAGAUUGUGGGAGCUACUCGACCUGAUCGUUAACGUAACCGAGUUCGACAUAACAUGAAUAUGAUGUAAUACGCUUAUGAUGGAUAAUAGUUGAAGAUGAAAUAGAGCCCGCUCGAAAAUCAUCAUCAUGAUAAACGACGGUCACAAAAAAUACCCGAAAAAUCCGCGACAAAAUGCGAAUGUGAUCUCUCUCCUCACGUAUUGGUGGACUCGAAAAAUUUUUCGAGUUGGCUAUAAAAAGGAGUUGGAAGAGACCGACCUUUACGCUACACUUACGCAGGACAGGGCUAGUUAUCUAGGAGAACUUAUAGAUAAAGUUUGGCAAGCUGAAGUGAAGUCAUGUCAGAAAAGGAAUGGAUCUAAGAAGAAGGAUGUUUCGAAGCCGAAAUUAAUUAGAGCAUUGAUACGCUGCUUUGGAAAACCAUAUCUGCUAGUCGGAAUAGCGCUAGUGUUUAUGGAAUUAUUCUCCAGAAUAUAUCAACCGUUGUUGCUCGCUACUUUGCUGCGUUACUUUGAAAAGAGCAAAGAAGAAUGGAGCGACGAAGUGUAUUAUUGCGCGGCCGGUAUAAUUGUGCUGUCAAUCGUAGACGCUUUUAUUGUACAUUAUACUGUACAUUAUGCUAUGCAUUUAGGAUUAAAAGUCAAAAUCGCUUGCACCACACUCGUUUACCAAAAGAUAUUAAGACUCUCGAAUUCCGUGCUGGAUAGUGAAACGUCCGUCGGACAGAUGGUGAAUUUCCUGAGCAGCGAUAUCACUAGGUUGGAAACAUCCCUGAUAGAUCUGCAUUACAUUUGGAUUGCUCCUAUCCAAAUGGUAAUGAUCCUAUAUUUUAUGUUUCCGUUGGUUGGAUGGUCAGGCUUGCUAGGGAUGUCGGUACUUCUGCUGUUUAUACCUUUUGAAGCGUUCUUGGCGCGAAAGAUUAUACCUUUGACGCUUAAAAUGGCAGAGAGGUCGGACCACAGGCUUAGACUGAUGAACCAAGUGAUUGCUGGGCUGCAGGUGAUAAAAAUGUACGUUUGGGAAAUUCCUUUCGCCAAUCUCGUGGAAAAGGCGAGAAAACGUGAGAUGAACGUAAUAAAAAAGUUCUCCAUUCUGAAACAAUUGGCUCUCACUCUCGAUUGCUAUGUACCACGGCUCUGUCUCUUCGUCACAGUAUUGUCGUACGUUCUAUUCGGGAACUUUAUCAAUGCUGAGAAAGUGUAUCUAGUAACAGCGUACUUCAACGUUCUACGAAACUCGAUGAUUUUUGGGUUCGCAAUGGGUCUCCAUCAGCUGGUACAGGUACUGGUGAGUUCUCGUCGUCUAGAAAAAUUCAUGAUGCACGCCGAGAUCGUGAAAACUGCGAAGGAACCAUGCCAGAAGUCGACCAAAGAUCCGUUCGCGCUGCGCAUGAUUGAUGUCAAUGCCAAAUGGCAGGACGACGCUAAGGAGGACACGUUGUGCAAAAUAAAUUUAACUGUGCUCCCAGGGAGCUUCGUAGUCAUCGUCGGCCCUGUGGGUUCGAGUAAGAGUAGCUUGUUGCACGUGAUACUCCAAGAACUGCCGUUGGCAAGUGGAAGCAUCGAGAGUCACGGAAGGAUAAACUACGUCAGUCAACAGCCUUGGAUCUUCGCCUCAUCUGUCAAGCAAAACGUGCUAUUCGGUCAGGAGAUGGAUAAGUCGCGUUACGAUCGAGUGAUCAAGGUCUGCCAGAUGGAAUCAGACAUAAGCUCGUUCAGCCAUGGCGAUCGUACCAUCGUAGGCGAGAGAGGAAUAAAUCUUAGCGGUGGUCAACGUGCCAGGCUCAACCUGGCUCGGGCGAUCUAUAAGGAUGCCGAUAUCUACUUGCUGGACGAUCCACUCUCCGCUGUGGAUUCCCAUGUCAGCAGACGUAUCGUCGAUGAAUGCAUUUGCGGCUUUUUGAAGGAGAAAACGAGAAUCCUGGUGACACAUCAGUUACAAUAUCUACCACUGGCCGAUCAGAUUAUCGUAAUGACUAACGGCGGUAUCCAGCAAAAAGGUACAUUCAACGAACUGCAAGACAUGGGCCUCGACUUCAUGAAGCUAUUAAAGACGGUGGACGCGGAGGAUGAGGAGAUACAAAAGAAGAAAUCUGAGUUAACACAACGGCAGAUUUCGACGCGCGAGAUCAACACAAACGAGGACGCAGACUCGAUUGAUUCACCGGUUGAAACACGCGAAACAAUGGCGAAGGGUCGCAUGUCCGGCAGAGUGUUCUUCGCUUACUUCAAAGCGAGCAAGAGGCCCUACAUGAUCAUGCUGAUGAUGUUGGUCUUCUUGGUGAAUCAGAUAGUAUCUGGCGGUAGCGAUUACUUCAUCGCCUUCUGGGUGAACAUAGAAUCAAGUUCGUGGCGUAAGAACGACAAUGGUACGACAGAGUUUGUUUGGCAGGGUCCAUUGUCACGUGACGCCACAGUCUACGUCUAUAGCGCGAUGAUCGCGAUCAUCAUACUGCUGUGGCAGUUCCAAACAUUCGUAUAUUUUAGCGUAUGCAUGUGGUCCUCGAUAAAUCUGCAUUCCGACAUGUUUCGCAGCAUAAUGCGGGCCACCAUGUACUUUUAUAACACUAAUCCAGCUGGUCGCAUAUUAAACAGGUUUGCUAGGGACAUCAAUAUCGUCGACUUGAUGCUGUCAAUGUGCGUAUUCGACAUCAUAGUGAUCGGACUCGGGUUAAUCUCUGUAAUAGUGAUAGUCGUAGCGAUUACUCCAUGGUUAGCUAUACCCACUGUGGCUUGCGCCUGCAUCUUCAUCUUUUUCCGCACGAUAUACAUCUCCACCAGUCGCGCUGUUAAACGUCUGGAAGGGAUAACACGCUCGCCGAUUUUCGAUCAUCUCGGCGCAUCUCUGCAAGGCUUGACCACGAUCAGAGCUUUCAACGCGGAGAAGACAUUAGUGGCGGACUUGUGUAGACAUCAAGAUCUCAAUUCGUCCGCCUGCUUCCUCUUCUUGGCUACUUCUCGAACCUUCGGCUUCUACAUCGACUUAAUAUGCCAACUUUACAUCGGUGUGAUAAUCAUAGCCUUCACCAUGUUCGACAGCUUGGCCGUGGUGGGCAACAUCGGUCUGAUCCUCACGCAGAUCAUGUCGCUGACGAACACGUUGCAAUGGGGAAUCCGACAAACGGCCGAACUAGAGAGCCAGCUGACGUCGAUCGAAAGGAUCCUUGAGUACAGCAACUUGGAGGAAGAACCGAUGAUAGACAGCAAGCCGGAGACCAAGCCGCCGGACGAUUGGCCGAUGAAGGGUCUCGUAGAGUUCAAGAACGUGAAGCUAAGAUACAGCCAUCAUGACGAUUACAUUCUGCGAAACAUCAGUUUCACUGUGUUGCCCGAGGAGAAAAUCGGUAUCGUCGGUAGAACCGGUGCGGGCAAGUCGUCCUUGAUCAACGCGCUCUUCCGUUUAGCUUGCGUCGAAGGAGAGAUUUUUAUGGAUGGCAUCUCCACCGGCGCAAUCGCUCUGCACGACUUCCGCUCGAAGAUCAGUAUUAUUCCUCAAGAACCGUUCCUCUUCACUGGCAGUCUGCGACAAAACCUAGACCCCUUUGAUCAGUAUUCUGACGCAGUGCUGUGGCAGGCGCUCGAAGACGUUGAAAUGAAGGACACGAUCUCCGACUUGGCCGCAGGGCUGAACACCAAAGUCUCCGAUGAGGGAUCGAACUUCAGCGUCGGCCAAAGGCAGCUGCUGUGUCUCGCGCGUGCGAUUAUCAAGAACAAUCGGAUUAUGGUACUUGACGAGGCGACCGCCAAUAUCGAUCCUUACACGGAUUCUCUUAUCCAAAAAACAGUUAGGACGAAAUUCGUAAACUGUACUGUGUUCACUGUAGCUCAUCGGUUGAAUACUAUCAUGGACAGCGAUAGGAUAUUCGUGAUGGACGCUGGACAUCUCGUGGAAUUUGAUCAUCCUUACGUACUCUUACAACGGAAAGGACGUUUCUACAAUAUGGUACAGCAAACUGGUGCUGCGAUGGCCGAAAAUCUUAUGGAUAUAGCUGCGAAAAGUUUCUUUGAGAAGGAUAGACCACCAUCCAGAUAAUCACAGCUUUCAAUUAGAUGCCAAAUUUCCUAAAAUAUGUUUCCAUUAUUCAACUGUAGAAUCGUAUAAUUUGUCGCGUUUGUGACCUUUCAUUAUCACCGUGUGAUAAUGAAAUUUUUAAAUAAAUUUGACUUUUAUAUCUAUUUUAUAUGAAAAAUGUCUACAGUUUUCAAUCUUAUAAUACUAAUAUUUUUAUUCUUAUAAUAAUAAUAAUAAAUAUGCUAUAAAUUA